AUGCCAACUGCUCGACCGACGUCACUUUAUGGACAGCUUCAGCUCCAUCCCUAUGGCGGAGUCCGACCACCGCGAUAUCUCCCUUCUGUGUACUACAGAAACGCAUCAUCGGAGCCGCAUGUAGAUACAUCUUCCCCGCCUGGAACGACCGCAUCAGAGAAUGCGACACAGUCUCUCCCACCUUUCUACUUCGAAGCGGGAUAUGCGCUCUUCGCCAAGCGACCCUCGAGACCCUUUCCCCCUCCCUUCCUUUCAUAUCCGUCGGGUAGCUUCUCAGAUCCUCUCAGUACGCAUCAUCGUAGCAGGGACAGGAGGAGUUUCUACCAAGGACAGAUGAUUCGCGGGACCACAAAUGGCGAUGAUGCCGUUCUUGUGAGUGAACACUUUAUCGGGGCAAAUGAUGGGGUCGGUGCUUGGGCAACGAGGGAAAAAGGGCAUGCCGCGCUGUGGUCACGCUUAAUCCUACACUUCUGGGCCCUCGAAGCAGAACGCGACCGAUAUGGUGGCACGCACGAUCCUGAUCCUAUCGCCUACUUGCAGCGAGCUUUCGAACAAACGAAACAAGCCACAUCCCAGCCUAAUGAGUGGUUUGGUACGACGACUGCGUCGAGUGCUUUGAUUACCUCCGAUCGCGAAACUCCUCCACAUCCCAUACUCUAUGUGACUCAGCUAGGGGACUCGCAGGUUAUGGUGAUACGACCUCGGAGUCGCGAAAUCAUCUACAAAACCCGAGAGCAAUGGCAUUGGUUUGACUGUCCAAGACAGCUUGGCACGAAUAGUCCAGAUACCCCUCACGACAACGCAGUAAUGGAUAAGGUAAAGGUAGAGGAAGACGACGUCGUUCUGGCCAUGACCGAUGGAGUGAUCGACAAUCUAUGGGAACAUGAAGUUGUGGACAAUGUGCUGGGAAGCAUGAAGAGAUGGCAGGAAGGCGAGUCGCACGAUGAGAAGGGCGUGGAACCAGCAGAGCGAUCGUAUUCGGACGGCAUGAGCUUUGUAGCGCAGGAGCUAGUCAAGCGAGCACGAACCAUUGCCGAAGACCCGUUUGCAGAGAGCCCCUACAUGGAAAAGGCUGUUGAUGAAGGUCUGUCCAUUGAAGGAGGGAAACUGGAUGAUAUCAGUGUUGUCGUUGCACAAUGCAAGCGACGGAAAGUGUGA